GUCAGUGCUGCUUGACGAAUUUUAGCUGCUGUACGUGCGUGCGAAUUAGUUUUUAAUGUAAAAAAUCGAAAAAGAUAAAAUAGGCCUCCAAAAUGGUGGCUGAAGCUGAAGGGGGCUCGGAGCAGGACGAUGUUUCGUUCUUGCGGACGGAAGACAUGGUGUGUUUAUCCUGUACAGCCACAGGAGAACGCGUAUGUCUUGCCGCAGAAGGGUUUGGUAAUCGGCAUUGCUUUUUAGAAAAUAUCGCAGACAAGAAUAUUCCUCCAGACCUGUCGCAAUGCGUGUUCGUUAUAGAACAGGCUCUAUCAGUGCGAGCUUUGCAGGAAUUGGUCACCGCAGCAGGAAACGAGACCGAUUCGGACAACUUAGGUAAAGGUACUGGAUCUGGACAUAGAACAUUGCUUUACGGCAAUGCUAUUCUGCUCAGACAUCAAAACAGCGAUAUGUACUUGGCAUGCUUAUCGACUAGUUCCAGUAAUGAUAAGCUGGCUUUCGAUGUGGGUUUGCAAGAACACAGUCAAGGAGAGGCUUGCUGGUGGACGGUACAUCCAGCUAGCAAACAGAGAUCUGAAGGUGAAAAAGUACGUGUGGGUGACGACCUGAUCUUAGUCUCAGUUGCUACAGAAAGAUAUUUGCACACAACCAAGGAAAAUGAACUCUCCAUCGUCAACGCUAGUUUUCACGUCACCCAUUGGUCGGUACAACCCUACGGUACCGGUAUAUCCCGUAUGAAGUACGUCGGUUAUGUAUUCGGAGGUGACGUACUAAGAUUCUUCCACGGAGGUGAUGAGUGCCUUACCAUACCAUCAACAUGGAGCACAGAAGAAACUCACAAUAUUGUUAUUUAUGAAGGAGGUAGUGUUAUGUCCCAAGCUAGAUCAUUGUGGAGGUUAGAGCUGGCUAGAACGAAAUGGGCGGGUGGCUUCAUAAACUGGAGUCAUCCAAUGAGAAUCCGGCACAUCACUACUGGUCGAUAUCUAGCUGUAAAAGAGAAUAACGAACUUUAUCUCGUUAGCAGAGAAGAAGCUACCACAGCAUCUACAGCUUUUUGCUUGAGACAUGAAAAAGACGACCAAAAAGUAGUUCUAGAAGACAAAGAUUUAGAAGUAAUUGGUUCGGCCAUCAUAAAAUACGGUGAUUCCACUGUAAUCGUCCAACAUUCGGAAUCGGGACUUUGGUUGUCCUAUAAGGCCUACGAAACGAAGAAAAAAGGAGUGGGUAAAGUCGAAGAAAAACAAGCCGUACUCCACGAAGAAGGCAAAAUGGACGACGGCCUAGACUUCAGCAGAAGCCAAGAGGAAGAAUCGCGAACAGCUAGAGUCAUCCGCAAAUGCAGCUCACUAUUCACGCAAUUCAUCAACGGCUUGGAAAGCCUGCAAGUCAACAGGCGGCACUCCAUGUUCUUCCAAGUCGUCAACCUCAACGAAAUGGUCAUGUGCUUGGAAGAUCUAAUCAAUUACUUUGCUCAACCCGAGGAUGAUAUGGAACACGAAGAAAAGCAGAACAGACUCAGAGCUUUGAGGAACCGUCAAGACCUCUUCCAAGAGGAAGGAAUCUUGAAUUUGAUCUUGGAAGCGAUUGAUAAGAUCAACGUAAUCACUUCGCAAGGAUUCUUAGCUACUCUGGCAGGUGAUCAGAGCUGGGAGAUGAUUUCCGGAUACUUAUAUCAACUUCUGGCAGCAAUAAUCAAAGGGAACCACACGAAUUGUGCUCAGUUUGCUAAUUCUAAUCGAUUAAAUUGGUUAUUUUCUCGAUUAGGAUCUCAAGCUUCUAGCGAAGGUACAGGAAUGUUAGAUGUACUUCACUGCGUCCUUAUUGAUUCUCCUGAAGCUCUAAACAUGAUGAGAGAUGAACACAUUAAAGUAAUUAUUUCCCUACUCGAAAAACACGGUAGAGAUCCUAAAGUUCUGGAUGUCCUCUGUUCUCUUUGUGUUGGUAACGGAGUAGCCGUAAGAAGUUCACAGAAUAAUAUUUGCGAUUACCUCCUUCCUGGAAAGAAUCUUUUACUACAAACUCAACUAGUCGAUCACGUAGCAAGUGUUAGACCAAACAUCUUCGUAGGCCGAGUGGAGGGUAGCGCUAUUUACCAGAAGUGGUACUUCGAAGUGACGGUGGAUCAUCUGGAGCAAACCACUCACAUGAUGCCGCAUUUGAGGAUCGGCUGGGCUAAUACUACUGGUUACGUUCCUUAUCCAGGUGGUGGGGAGAAAUGGGGUGGCAAUGGAGUGGGGGAUGACUUGUAUUCGUUUGGUUUCGACGGUGCCUUCUUGUGGACUGGCGGUAGAUCGACUCAAGUGGUUGGUGGUGUGGUCGAGCCUUACAUAAAAAAGAAUGACGUAAUUGGUUGUGCCUUGGAUCUUACUGUUCCACAAAUUUCAUUUACAUUUAACGGACAUUUGGUAACUGGUAGCUUUAGAAAUUUUAAUUUGGACGGCAUGUUCUUCCCUUCCAUUAGCUGUUCUUCCAAGCUCAGUUGUCGCUUUUUGCUUGGCGGAGAUCACGGAAAACUAAAAUUUUCCCCUCCUGAAGAUUUUUCACCGUUGGUUGAAAGCCUUCUGCCUCAACAAAUCCUCAACCUAGACCCUUGUUUCUACUUCGGAAAUAUGAACAAGAACGUGAUAGCAGGGCCGUUUUACAUCGAAGAUGACACUGCUUUUGUACCCAAUCCCGUCGAUACCUCCAUGGUCUCCUUGCCUAGUUAUAUAGAAUCUAUCAAAGAUAAGUUAGCUGAGAACAUCCACGAAAUGUGGGCGAUGAACAAGAUCGAAGCUGGAUGGUCGUGGGGUGAUUAUAGAGAUGAUUUGAGGCAUAUACAUCCGUGUUUGGUGCCUUUCGAUAAACUACCACCCGCAGAGAAGAAGUACGAUUCACAGUUGGCAGUACAAACUUUAAAAACCAUCAUUGCUCUGGGUUAUUACAUCACAAUGGAUAAGCCACCGUCCAGAAUUAAGACGGUUAGACUCCCCCACGAGCCUUUCAUGCAAGCCAACGGUUACAAGCCUGCACCUCUCGACCUCAGCGCUAUCAACCUAUCGCCUAAAUUGGAGGAACUAGUCGACCAGCUAGCGGAGAAUACCCACAACCUUUGGGCCAAAGAACGAAUUCAACAGGCAUGGACCUAUGGGUUGAACGAGGACCCAGAGAUGUUGCGUAGUCCUCAUCUAGUGCCUUAUAGCAAAGUAGAUGACGCUAUCAAGAAAGCUAAUAGGGAUACAGCUUCCGAAACAGUACGCACGUUGUUGGUAUAUGGAUAUAUCAUAGAUCCACCAACCGGUGAACAACAAGAAACUUUACUGGCUGAAGCAAGUAGAUUGAGACAACAAGCCUUUAGAACUUACAGAGCCGAAAAAAAUUACGCUGUCAGUUCCGGAAAGUGGUACUUCGAGUUCGAAAUUUUGACAGCCGGACCCAUGAGAGUGGGCUGGGCUAAAGCCGACUGUGCUCCUGGUUGUAUGCUGGGUUCAGACGAGAAUACUUGGGCUUUUGACGGCUAUAACGAAGAAAAAGUUUAUUCUAACUCUGCCGAAUCUUUCGGAAAACAGUGGCAAGUGGGAGAUGUUGUCGGUGUAUUUCUCGAUCUAAUCGAUCAUACGAUAAGUUUCUCACUGAAUGGUGAACUACUCAUGGACGCUUUGGGUGGUGAAACGACGUUUGCUGACGUCCAAGGUGAUAAUUUUGUUCCCGCCUUCACACUGGGUGUUGGUCAGAAAGCGCGGCUAUGUUUUGGCCAGGAUGUGAAUCAACUUAAAUAUUUCACAAUGUGCGGCCUACAAGAGGGAUACGAACCUUUUUGCGUAAACAUGAACCGUGCAGUAACUUACUGGUACACUAAAGACCAACCCAUAUUCGAAAACACCGACGACAUGCCGGACACAAAAAUUGACGUAACCAGGAUUCUAGCUGGCUCUGACAGUCCGCCAUGUUUAAAAAUCAGCCACAACACUUUCGAGACCAUGGAAAAAGCAAACUGGGAAUUUUUGAGGCUCAGUUUACCUGUAAUCUGCCACUCAGAGUUCAUAACUGAGGAGGAAAAAAUGAGACGUUGGAAUGAAAUCAAGAUUAGGCAACACAGGCUUAAGGCUGAGGUGGAGCAGCAGAUGACGCCAGCUCACAUAGAGAAUAUCAUGAAGAGCGGAUUUUCAAUGAGUGAUAUUAAAGGGCUUCAUAGGAACUACUCCGAAGACGCUGUUGAAUCUGACGAAGUCCUCAAACAGCAACAGCAACAACAACAUUUAUCCAGAUCUCCAACUCAUGGAAAGGCAAUGCCGGCUCGUCCACCAAGGAAAGGAUCCCUUUCCAGAAAUGCCAACGUCAAUGGAUUUGACGAAAAUUAUUUGGCUAUGAACGGUACUAGAGGUGUUCACAGAUCCACCAGUGAGUUGGAUAUGCACAGGUAUCACGAUGCGGCACCACAGAUUGUAGUGGACAAGGCUGAAGAUAAGAAAAAGAGAGGAAGAUCACCUUUCAGAUUUUUCUCCAAAAAACGUGGUGACACUUCAAGCGCGGAACGCGUCAAAAACAAGAAAGGUCGUACUCCUGAGCCCCACUCUGUCAGAAUUGGUGCAGGAAUGACACCAACAGCUAGAUCUGUAGGUCUGUCCAACACCAUGUUGUCAAGAAGUCCUACUGUCAAACCUUUACCGGGUGAAUCAUUGCAAGUACCUUCCAUCCCAGAACGUCAACAAAAACAGUUAUCUGUUCCCCAAACAUCAGACAUCGAAGCAGUAGGCAACGAAAUAUAUGAUGCAGAAUGUCUGAAAUUGAUCAACGAAUAUUUCUAUGGAGUUAGGAUUUUUCCUGGUCAGGACCCAACUCACACUUACAUCGGUUGGGUUACUACCCAGUACCACUUUUUCAGCAAAGAAUUCAACCAAAACCACGUAUUGAAAUCAUCCGUAGUUAUUGCUGAUGAAUACAACCGAAUCAUUGAAUGCAUUGACAGACAAUCCUGCUACAUGGUCAGGGCCGACGAACUAUACAACCAAGUGACCCAAGAUGCUUCAGGCAAAGGUGCCUCGCAAGGCAUGUUUAUUGGGUGUUUCCUGGACGCUGCCACUGGCAUCAUCACAUUCACAUGUGACGGUAAACCUACCUCGCACAGAUUCAAGAUGGAGCCAGAGACUAAGCUAUUUCCUGCAAUCUUCGUGGAAGCCACCAGCAAAGAAAUCAUGCAAAUUGAGCUGGGUAGGACAUCUACCAGUCUUCCUCUAUCAGCAGCAGUGUUGCAAAAUAGCGCUAAGCAUGUUAUACCACAAUUUCCACCUAGGUUGAAGGUUCAGUGCUUGAAGCCUCAUCAGUGGGCUAGGGUUCCUAAUCACAAUCUUCAAGUCCACGCCUUAAAACUCUCCGACAUACGAGGAUGGUCGAUGUUAUGUGAAGACCCCAUUUCCAUGCUUGCCCUCCAUAUCCCAGAAGAAGAUCGCUGUAUCGACAUCUUGGAAUUGAUAGAAAUGGAUAAAUUACUGAGCUUCCAUGCCCAUACUCUUACACUGUACUCAGCCCUGUGCUACCAGAGCAACUAUAAAGCAGCUCACGUGUUAUGCAAGCACGUUGAUCAAAAACAACUGCUUUACGCCAUCAAGUCUGAGUAUAUGAGCGGUCCUUUAAGACAAGGAUUCUACGAUUUGUUGAUAUCACUGCAUUUGGAAGCAACAGCAACUACUAUGGAGGUUUGUAAGAACGAGUAUGUUAUACCUUUAGGUCAAGAAUUAAAAGACUUGUAUGAAGACUCAGAAAUGGGACACAGUUUAAGACGAUUGCAAAUAGAGUCUGUAGUACCACAAAUGAAAACUUCGGAAAUAAGCGACAAUAUCGAAAAUAUCAAGAGUUUGUAUUCACCCUAUUUUCCGCUGGAUGUGGUUCGUGACUAUGUGAUGACCGCCUUAGCUGAGUCGGUUGAAAUCAACCAAGUACACAAUAGGGAUCCUAUAGGCGGUUCAAACGAAAACCUAUUUUUACCUCUACUCAAAUUAGUAGACCGUCUGCUCCUAGUAGGAAUGCUGAGCGACGACCACGUGGAAAAACUCCUGAUAAUGAUCUGCCCCGAAACGUGGGACCCCACCUUCGAAAAAGACGGCAAGGACGAGCACCGCAAAGGCCUACUCUCGAUGAAAAUGGCCGAGGGGGCCAAACUCCAAAUGUGCUACCUCCUCCACCACCUGUGCGACAUCCAGCUGCGCCACAGAGUCGAAUCGAUCAUCGCUUUCAGCCACGACUUCGUCGGAGAACUUCAAACCGACCAGUUGCGCAGAUACAUCGAGAUCAAGCAGUCGGAUUUGCCCUCGGCUAUGGCCGCUAAGAAGACGAAGGAGUUCCGGUGUCCGCCAAGGGAGCAGAUGAACGCCAUCUUGUGUAAGUUUAAGGAACAAGCUUUUAAAAACUUGGAGGAAGAGGAUAAAGACAACUGCCCCCUUGGUGAUGAUCUCUGUGAACGAAUGAACGGAUUUCACGAUCAGCUGAUGUCUCACGUGUCGUUACAAGCGCUAGCUGCACCACAGGAUGAGGAAAAUUCCGACGACAAAAUUAAAGCUGGUCCAUUAAAUAAGCUUUACAACUUCAUUAAUGCUGUGAAGGAGUUGGAAGAAGAACCUAAACCAGAGCCAGAACCAGAAAAAAAAACACCGGAAGAAGUAUUCCGUAAAGUACUCAUCAGUACCAUAGUCAGGUGGGCAGAAGAAGCCCAAAUAGAAAACUCGAAACUAGUCCAGGAAAUGUUCAGUUUACUAGUCAGACAGUACGACGCUGUUGGAGAACUAAUUCGUGCAUUAGAAAAAACCUACAUCAUCAAUAUCAAAACCAAAUCAGACGUAGCCGAAAUGUGGGUGGGUCUGAGCCAGAUCAGAGCACUUUUACCUGUCCAAAUGUCUCAAGAAGAAGAAGAACUUAUGAGGGAACGGCUUUGGAAGCUCGUGAACAACCACACGUUCUUCCAGCAUCCUGAUUUGAUCAGAGUUCUAAGAAUUCACGAGAAUGUGAUGGCCGUUAUGAUCAACACUCUCGGUAGAAGAUCACAGGCUCAGUCUGAUGCCAGUGCGCAGCCGCAGAACCCUGAUGGCGAGACUACUGGCAAAGAAAAAGAUACCUCACACGAAAUGGUGGUAGCUUGUUGCAGGUUUUUGUGUUACUUUUGUAGAACUGGUCGUCAAAACCAAAAGGCCAUGUUCGAGCAUUUCGACUUUUUAUUGGACAACAGUAAUAUCCUCCUUUCCCGACCAAGUCUUAGAGGUUCUACACCUCUGGACGUUUCCUAUUCGUCUCUAAUGGAGAACACUGAGCUAGCACUGGCUCUUAGGGAACACUAUUUAGAAAAAAUCGCGAUAUAUUUGUCACGUUGUGGUCUACAGUCGAAUACUGAGCUUGUAGAAAAGGGUUAUCCAGAUUUAGGAUGGGAUCCAGUUGAAGGGGAGCGUUACUUAGAUUUUCUAAGGUUCUGCGUUUGGGUUAACGGAGAAAGCGUGGAGGAAAAUGCUAACUUAGUUAUAAGGCUGUUGAUUAGACGGCCCGAAUGCUUAGGUCCAGCCCUGAGAGGUGAAGGGGAAGGUUUAUUGAAAGCUAUUGUCGAUGCAAACAAGAUGUCAGACAGAAUUACUGACAGAAGAAAGAUGAUGGAAGACGCGCCAGAAGGAACUGUUAAUCUCGCCCAAUUCUCCCACCCACUCCCUGAAAACGACGAUGAUGAAGACUACAUAGACACCGGAGCAGCCAUCCUUAACUUCUACUGUACUUUAGUAGACCUUCUAGGUCGUUGUGCUCCCGACGCUGCAGUCAUCGCCUUGGGUAAAAACGAAUCGUUAAGAGCAAGAGCCAUCUUGAGGUCUUUGGUGCCGCUAGAAGACCUCCAAGGCGUGCUUAGUCUCAAGUUCACACUACACAACCCUGCUCAAGGAGAGGAAAGACCUAAAUCUGAUAUGCCUUCAGGUCUAACACCGCCUCACAAGCAAUCUAUAGUUCUGUUCUUAGAACGAGUUUACGGUAUAGAGACACAAGAAUUGUUCUUUAAGCUACUGGAAGAAGCAUUUUUACCUGACUUGAGAUGUGCCACAAUGCUGGAUAGGCAUGAUGGCAGUGAGUCAGACAUGGCCCUAAGCAUGAACAGAUAUAUAGGCAAUUCCAUACUGCCUCUCCUGAUUCAACACAGUAAAUUCUACAGCGAAGCAGAAAACUACGCUUCUCUUCUCGAUGCCACUCUUCACACGGUAUACCGUCUGUCAAAGAACCGCAUGCUGACCAAAGGUCAAAGAGAAGCAGUAUCAGACUUCCUGGUCGCUCUAACCAGUCAGCUACAACCAUCAAUGCUGUUGAAACUGUUAAGGAAAUUAACAGUAGAUGUCUCGAAUUUAUCUGAAUACACUACGGUAGCUUUGAGACUUCUAACCUUACAUUACGACAGAUGUGCGAAGUAUUAUGGUUCAAGUUCAGGUCAGGGUAUUUAUGGAGCAGCCAGUGAUGAGGAAAAAAGGCUUACUAUGAUGUUGUUUUCGAAUAUAUUCGACUCUCUUUCUAAGAUGGAUUAUGAGCCAGAACUUUUUGGAAAGGCUUUACCAUGCCUUACCGCCAUUGGUUGUGCCUUACCACCUGAUUAUUCACUGUCCAAAAACUACGAUGACGAAUGGUACUCGAACAAAACUGUCAAAACCGGUCCUGAUGGUCCUUAUAACCCGCAACCCAUCAAUACAUCGACUGUACAGCUCAGCAACGAUCUUAACAAUAUAGUUCAGCAAUUUUCUGAACACUACCACGAUGCUUGGGCAUCGAGAAAGCUCGAAAACGGUUGGAGAUACGGAGAACAGUAUUCUGGCUGGGAAGGUAACAAGUCUCAUCCGAGGCUCAAACCGUACUCUAUGCUCACGGAUUAUGAAAGAGAGCGAUAUAAGGAGCCGGUAAGAGAGUCGUUGAAAGCUUUGUUAGCGUUAGGCUGGUCAGUAGAGCAUACUGAAGUGGAUCUUCCUUCUUCGAACAGAGGGUCUCAGUUUAUGAGAGGAGAGAGUGCGACGCCGUUUGAUUAUGAUCCACAUCCGGUGGAUAUGACGAAUUUAACUUUGUCAAGGGAGAUGCAGAAUAUGGCUGAACGAUUGGCCGAGAAUGCUCAUGAUAUUUGGGCUAGGAAGAAGAAGGAGGAACUUAACACUUGUGGAGGUGGAAUUCACCCUCAGUUAGUACCAUACGAUCUUCUAACAGACAAAGAAAAGAAAAAAGACAGAGAACGUUCACAAGAAUUCCUCAAGUACUUGCAGUAUCAAGGUUUAAAACUUCACAGACCAAAUCGCGGAGGUCAACAAGAAACAGAAUUAUCCACAGCAGGUCCCUCUGUUGAACUCCGUUUUGCUUACAGUCUACUCGAAAAGCUCAUCCAAUACCUGGAUAAAGCCACCAUCAACAUGAAGUUGCUCAAACCCUCACAGACCUUCAGCAGAAGAAACUCGUACACUAAAUCAUCAAGAGAUAUCAAAUUUUUCUCCAAAGUUGUACUACCGUUGAUGGAGAAAUAUUUUUCAACUCAUAGAAACUACUUCAUCGCUGUUGCCACAGCUACAAACAACACCGGAGCUGCCAGUUUGAAGGAGAAAGAAAUGGUAGCAGCGUUGUUCUGUAAAUUGGCUAAUUUGCUCAGAUCCAGGUUGGCCGCUUUUGGAGCUGACGUCAGAAUUACAGUGAGGUGCUUACAAGUGUUGGUCAAAGGCAUUGAUGCCAAGUCUCUUGUUAAAAAUUGUCCUGAGUUCAUCAGAACAUCGAUGUUGACGUUCUUCAAUAAUACUGCUGACGAUUUGGGGCAUACGAUCAUAAAUUUGCAAGAGGGAAAAUACAGUCACCUAAGAGGAACGCACUUAAAAACAUCCACAUCACUGUUUUACGUGAAUUCAGUGUUGUUGCCUGUUCUUACUUCACUGUUUGAUCACUUGGCUAAUUGUGAAUAUGGAAGCGACUUAUUAUUGGACGAAAUUCAGGUAGCUUCCUAUAAAAUUCUCCAAGGCCUCUUCCAUCUUGGCACAGACGCUACACUCCAUCGUGACAGGAAGUACCUAAAAACAGAAAUGGAAAAAUACAAACCUACUCUUGGUUCCUGCUUGGGAGCGUUCAGUUCCACCUUUCCUGUAGCCUUUUUGGAGCCACAUUUGAACAAAAACAAUCAAUUUUCUUUACUGAACCGUAUAGCAGACCAUUCACUUGAAGCUCAAGAUAUUAUAGUGAAAAUGGAGGCUUUUAUGCCUACUUUGGAAACAAUUUUGUCUGAAGUAGAUCAUUUUGUGGAGAGCGACAAGACUUAUUCUGAUGCUCCUCAUAUUAUUGAUGUUAUUAUGCCUAUGUUGUGUUCUUAUCUGCCGUUUUGGUGGUCACAGGGUCCAGAUAAUGUCAGUCCUACUGGAGGAUCCUACGUCUCUAUGGUUACCGGAGAACAUAUGAAUCAGCUCCUGAAGAAUGUGUUAAAGCUCAUCAAGAAGAACAUCGGUAACGAGAACGCUCCAUGGAUGACGAGGAUAGCAGCGUAUACUCAACAAAUCAUCAUCAAUAGCAGCGAAGAAUUGUUGAAAGAUCCGUUCUUACCUCUGGCUGAAAGAGUUAAGAAACGAACCGAAGCAAUGUUCCAUAAAGAAGAGAGUUUAAGAGGGUUUAUUAAGAGUAGUUCGGAUGAUACAUCACAGAUUGAAACUCAGAUCCAGGAAGAAUGGCAUCUUUUAGUGCGGGACAUCUACUCGUUCUACCCUCUUCUAAUAAAAUACGUGGAUCUUCAAAGAAACCAUUGGCUAAGGCACAAUGUAGAAGAAGCUGAACACCUUUACAACCACGUCGCAGAUAUCUUCAACAUCUGGUCUAACUCUCAGUACUUCUUGAGAGAAGAACAAAACUUUAUAUCUGCAAACGAAAUUGAUAAUAUGGUGUUGAUUAUGCCCACUGCUACAAGAAGAACUGUUGUACCUGAUGGUUCACAACCUUCAGUGGGAAAGAAAAAAAAGAAGCAUCGCGACAAAAAGCGAGACAAGGACAAAGAAAUUCAAGCCUCCUUGAUGGUAGCCUGCCUCAAACGUCUCCUUCCUGUCGGUUUGAACUUGUUCGCAGGCAGAGAACAAGAAUUAGUCCAACAUUGCAAGGACAGGUUCUUGAAAAAGAUGCCGGAAUACGAAAUUAUCGAUUUUGCCAAAAUUCAACUAACACUGCCCGACAAAAUUGACCCGGCAGAUGAGAUGUCGUGGCAACAUUACUUGUAUAGUAAACUUGGCAAGAAGAGUGUCACUGUCAAUACGGUGGACAGUAAUGGCAAGAACCAACUAGAGGAGACUGUGGAUAGAAUAGUUGCUAUGAGUAAAGUCUUGUACGGAUUACAUAUGAUCGACCAUCCCCAGCAGCAGCAGAAGGGCGUUUAUAGGUCGAUAGUUUCCACGCAAAGGAAAAGGGCGGUUCUGUCUUGUUUCCGCCAAGCUUCUUUGCACAGUUUGCCAAGGCAUCGGGCUAUCAACAUUUUUAUCCGAACAUACCGAGACUUCUGGCUUCAAGACGAGAAUGUCGGACAGGAAGUGAUGAUCGAAGAUCUUACUCAAAGUUUUGAGGACUCUGAACUGAAGAAAAAGGACGAGGAAGAAGAAGAGGGAAAACCAGAUCCUCUUACACAGCUUGUCACUACGUUCUGUAGAGGAGCCAUGACAGAAAGAUCCGGAGCGUUACAAGAAGAUCCCCUCUAUAUGAGUUAUGCGGAAAUUAUCGCUAAAUCUUGCGGUGAGGAAGAGGAAGAAGGAGAAGAGGGGGGCGAAGAAGGGGGUGAAGGUGAAGAAGGAGGUUCCUCCAUCCAUGAACAAGAAAUGGAAAAACAGAAAUUACUCUUCAACCAAGCCAGACUGGCAAACAGAGGCGUAGCAGAAAUGGUACUGUUACAUAUAUCAGCCUGCAAAGGCGUACCAUCGGAUAUGGUGAUGAAAACCUUAGAACUGGGUAUCUCCAUUCUGAGAGGCGGUAACUUCGACAUACAAAUGGGCAUGCUGAACCACCUGAAAGACAAGAAAGACGUAGGGUUCUUCACUAGUAUUGCUGGUUUAAUGAAUAGUUGUAGUGUAUUGGAUCUGGACGCUUUUGAAAGAAACACCAAGGCAGAAGGUCUGGGAGUUGGUUCUGAAGGUGCGGCUGGCGAGAAGAAUAUGCAUGACGCUGAAUUCACUUGUGCCUUGUUUAGAUUUAUCCAGCUUACUUGUGAAGGUCACAAUUUAGAAUGGCAGAACUAUUUGCGUACCCAAGCCGGUAACACCACCACAGUGAACGUAGUCAUUUGCACGGUAGAUUACCUACUGAGACUGCAAGAAUCCAUCAUGGACUUCUACUGGCAUUACUCUAGCAAGGAACUCAUCGACCCAGCUGGUAAAGCGAAUUUCUUCAAAGCCAUUGGCGUAGCUAGUCAGGUUUUCAACACGCUCACUGAAGUCAUUCAGGGUCCUUGUACUCUGAAUCAGCAGGCUCUGGCACAUUCCAGGUUAUGGGAUGCAGUUGGUGGUUUCCUGUUUCUGUUCUCUCACAUGCAGGAUAAGUUAUCCAAACACUCGAGUCAGGUGGAUUUGCUGAAGGAACUUCUUAACUUGCAAAAGGACAUGAUUACCAUGAUGCUUUCAAUGCUUGAAGGUAAUGUCGUGAACGGCACCAUCGGUAAACAAAUGGUGGACACCUUGGUGGAAAGUGCCUCCAACGUAGAAUUAAUCCUGAAAUACUUCGACAUGUUCCUGAAGCUAAAAGAUCUAACAUCGUCGGCCAGUUUCCAAGAAAUCGAUGUCAACAGCGACGGCUGGGUCUAUCCCAAAGACUUCAAAGAAAAAAUGGAACAGCAAAAAAGCUAUACACCGGAAGAGAUUGAGUUCCUUUUAGCUUGUUGUGAGACCAACCACGACGGAAAAAUCGACUACGAAGGUUUUAUAGAUCGUUUCCACGAACCCGCUAAAGAAAUCGGUUUCAACUUGGCCGUGUUGCUCACAAAUCUGUCAGAACACAUGCCUAACGAGCCUAGGCUGGCUAGAUUCUUAGAAACUGCAGGCUCUGUAUUGAAUUAUUUUGAGCCCUUCUUAGGUCGCAUUGAAAUCUUAGGUAGCAGCAAACGAAUCGAGAGAGUAUAUUUCGAGAUCAAAGAAUCGAACAUCGAGCAGUGGGAGAAGCCUCAAAUCAAGGAAUCCAAGCGGGCCUUCUUCUACUCCAUUGUGACGGAAGGUGGUGACAAGGAGAAGCUUGAGGCCUUUAUCAAUUUCUGCGAGGACGCCAUCUUUGAGAUGCAACACGCCAGCGGAUUGAUGGCCGUUGAAGAUUCGGGUGGCAGUGGCCAAAUUCGUGCGACGACUUAUAGUUAUAUGGCUGACGAAGAUGAACAAAAGGGGAAAGAUCCAGUGAGACGAACUUACCAAAACUUCAAAGAAGCAAUCUACUAUGGUUUCUCAGCACUGAGUCCAUCGAACAUCAAACACAAAAUCAUCGAAAUGCAACAGAUGACGAUACCAGAACUAUUCGUGGGCUUCUUUAAAUUACUCUUCUACUCCUUCUACUAUUCCGGUUUCGGAUUCGUGGUCGUUAUAAAAUAUCUCCUGGGCAUACUGAUGUCCUUGAUGAGAGGUCCGGUAGUCGAAGAACCGAUGAUCGAAAUAAAGGAGGAGGAAAAAGUGAGUCCGCUGAGAAUGCUGCCUCAGUUACCGCCGGCAGAAGACCCUAACACUCAGAUUCAGGCGUUUGGUGUGGACGUAACAAAAGAAGAAGGCGGGCAGUACAAAAUGGCAGCUCACGAGUCUCCAACUGGAAGUCAGCCGUCUUCUGGAGAAGGUGAAGGUGAAACAACUCCUGAAGAUGGAGAACAAACGGAAGCUGAAACGCCCGAACAACCGUUGUCGCUGUCCGAUCUCUUAGGUGGAGAACAAGCCAAGUUAGCCGCCCAAGAAAAAGUGGAAGCUCAGGCGGCUCAACAGGCCGCUAUGCAAGCCAUCGAGUCUGAGAACAAGGCUAAAUCAACUACCGAAGUAUCGGCGAUGCAACAGAUCAAUUUCAGCGCCUACACCCACAGAGCCGUCUCGUUUUUGGCCAGGAACUUCUACAAUUUGAAAUAUGUCGCCUUGGUAUUGGCUUUCUGCAUCAAUUUCAUGUUAUUGUUCUACAAGGUAUCUACGCUAGGUGGCGAUUCUGACGGUAGCGGAAGCGGUAGUGGCAAAGGCUCCGACAUAAUCGAAGGUUCGGUCGAGGGUAGUGGCUCAGGAGGAUCAGAAGAAGAAGACGACCCGCCUGAAUUGGUAAUGGUGGACGAAGAUUUCUACUACAUGGCGCACGUGAUGAGACUGGCGGCCGCUUUACAUUCUCUGGUAUCUCUAGCCAUGCUGAUAGCGUACUACCACUUAAAAGUACCUCUGGCCAUCUUUAAAAGGGAAAAGGAAAUCGCGAGGAGAUUGGAAUUUGAAGGAUUGUAUAUAGCGGAACAACCUGAGGAUGAUGACUUGAAGUCUCAUUGGGAUAAACUUGUUAUUUCGGCAAAAUCGUUUCCGGUGAACUAUUGGGACAAAUUUGUCAAGAAAAAGGUGCGUCAGAAGUACAGUGAGACCUACGACUUCGACUCCAUCAGCAACUUACUAGGGAUGGAAAAAACGUCUUUCCAACAACAGGACUCUGAUGAGGGACACAAAACUAUCAUUUGGUAUAUACUGAACAUCGAUUGGAGAUACCAAGUCUGGAAAUCCGGAGUUACCAUCACCGACAACUCCUUCCUCUAUUCCCUGUGGUACUUCACGUUCUCCAUCCUGGGUAACUUCAACAACUUCUUCUUCGCCGCUCAUCUCCUAGAUGUCGCUGUCGGUUUCAAAACGUUGCGCACCAUCUUGCAGUCGGUCACUCACAACGGAAAACAGCUGGUGCUCACCGUGAUGCUGCUCACCAUCAUCGUGUACAUUUACACGGUCAUAGCGUUCAACUUCUUCAGGAAGUUCUACGUGCAGGAGGAGGACGAGGAAGUUGACAGGAAAUGUCACGACAUGUUGACGUGUUUCGUGUUCCAUCUUUACAAAGGUGUGAGAGCUGGUGGUGGUAUAGGUGACGAAAUUGAACCUCCAGAUGGUGAUGACUAUGAGGUCUACCGAAUAAUGUUCGACAUCACAUUCUUCUUCUUCGUCAUUGUCAUCCUGUUGGCCAUCAUCCAAGGUUUGAUCAUCGACGCUUUUGGUGAACUCCGUGACCAGUUGGAGAAGGUUAUAGAAGACAUGGACUCAAAUUGUUUCAUUUGUGGAUUGGAUAAGGGAUAUUUGGAUAAGGUGCCGCACGGGUUCGAUACCCACGUCCAACAGGAACAUAACCUCGCUAAUUACAUGUUCUUCCUCAUGCACUUGAUCAACAAACCGGACACAGAAUACACUGGUCAAGAAACAUACGUAUGGAACAUGUACCAGCAAAGAUGCUGGGACUUCUUCCCAAUGGGUGACUGUUUCCGCAAACAGUACGAAGAUGAAAUAGGAGGUGGUGGAGGCUAGACUUAGUUUCCUUUAAUUUUACAAAGUUUUUUUUGAUGGUGCUCAAAGAGAUCUUCUAAGCUUGAUUUUAGAAGUGUCUGUAUUCUAAAUCGAAUUUUAUCUAGCGGGUAAGUCCUACGACGUUGUAAAUAUGUACGCUCAUGUAAAGAAAUAAAAAGGCUUGUUUCGUAGGUACGCCUUACGUUUCUUUGUUAAAUCGAUUAGGUUUUACUGUUUUAAUAUAAGAAUUAUUGAAA